GUCCCAUUGGCAUAUGGCCAAAGAGUAUCAUAUGGCAUUACCCCUCGUUAGGGCAACGUUAGGGUAAAAGUAUUCUAUGCAUUACCCCUAUUUAUUUUGUUGACGGUUGAGUGAAAAACAAUAAAUCGAUCUAAAUAUUAUUUAUUACUCGGCUACUCGCCUAAGACUAAACUUUAUGUUCUGGCAUAACAGAAAACAUGAAAUAUUUAUAUUUUGGAUUUAUAUUAUGAAAACCGGGUUGUGAUGUUUACACAUUAUGGGAAAAUUCAGCACUUACAGGUAUCUAGAGUUAAAAGAUGAUAUCUCAAGCUCACAUAUCACAAGAACAAGACCAUUGAAGCAGCCAAAGAGAUUGCGCAAAGCCUUCAUUGUUCUUCUUAUAGUAGCAUUAUGCGGAACAUAUUUCCUGGGUCUUUUCGCGGGCCAGACACUGUGGUUCGAUGGAAUCGCCAAGAGUCUGGGCUACCAGAGCGUGUACCACCACGCGGUGAUCAUCGACGCUGGUUCUUCAGGCUCCAGGGUUCUAUCGUAUAAGUUCAGGGUACCUUUUACAGUAUUUGGUCCAGCCACGUUGGAUUUAGAAGACGAGUAUUUUGCGGAGACCAAGCCAGGUCUCUCCUCCUAUGUAGAUGACCCCCAAAAGGGCGCAGAUACAAUAGUACAAUUAGUGAAAAAGGCGGAGUUCCUAACCCCACCGGAAAAGCGACGGUUCACUCCUCUCAUCGUGCGGGCCACGGCUGGUCUGCGACUCUUAUCGCCGGAGAAGGCACAGCAGAUAAUCGACGAGGUUGCCAGAGCGAUAUCCAAUCUGGGAUACGACGUGGGAGCGAACAGUGUAGAGAUAAUGGAUGGCGCUGAUGAGGGUAUCUUCAUCUGGUACACGAUCAACUUGUUGCACAAUCUGCGCGGUGGCGAAACGAUGGCAGCUCUAGACCUGGGCGGCGGCUCCACGCAGAUCACUUACCAACUGGAUGAAGAGCUGAAGGGCUCGUACCCCAGCCGUGACCAGUACGUGGUGCCCGCGGGAGACAACAUCACCCUGUACACGCACAGUUAUUUGAAGUUGGGCAUUCUGGCUGCCCGCAACGGAGUGUUCAAGAUGGAAGCGGGUGACAGUAACGCCACGGAGAUCCAGUCAGUGUGCGUAGACCCCAUCGUGCAGAACGAGCGGUGGACAUACGCUAACAAACUCCAUAUAGUCAGUGGGAAGUAUCGGUCGGAGAGUUUGAAGCGCGACGUGGUGUAUGCCCGCUGCCACGAGCUGGUGAGGCGCUACGUGAUGACAACGUUGGACUGGGAGCCAAGCCGCCCUCCUUCUGGCCGCGUAGCUGCCAUGAGCUUCUUCUACGACGUAGCCGCCGACGCGGGCCUCAUCGAUGUAAUGAAGGGUGGCACUGUGUCGGUGUCCCAGUACCGUAACAGCGCGCUGCGAGCCUGUUCCGCCUCCAACGUGGACCAGCCCUGGGCCUGCAUCGACCUGGUCUACAUCGUCACCUUGCUGCAUGACGCGUACAAGAUACGGGAUGAAGAACCUAUAUCGCUAUUCAAGAAAGUUAACGGACACGAGGUGUCAUGGGCGUUAGGGCUCGCGUACACAACUGUGAUGAACAAAAUGGCGGUCGAAUCGGCCGUCUAGUGUAUGGAUAGCCUUAUUAUCUAGAAUAAUUAAAUUGGCGAUACCCGAGAGUGUACGUAUUUAUUAAAUUAUAUUUGCACAAUGUAUAAAAUAGUAUAUCUAUAUACUUUACUAUGUUACUUUUCUUUCGUAUUUAUAAUAUGACUUAUGUAUUUUAUUAGCUAAAUAAUUGUCGAGAAUGCCAUUUAAGUUGACGAAUAAGAAUAUCAAAAUGCAAAUGAACAUUACAGUAUCACAUUGAAACUGGCAAGUUAUUAAGAUAGGAAUAUUAGAUUGAAUUAUUUAAUUGUAUGGUGACAUGUAACAAAUUUUAACUAUUAUUGAGGAAUAACACACAGCAUUUAUACAUCACGACUGGUAAAACACUAAGGAUACAGUUUUAGGACGUGAUAUUUGACGAUCAUAUAUGAAGAAAAGAACUUAAAAUUAAUUUAAAUUGACUAAUUUGUGAACUUAACCGAAAGUUAAUUAAUUAAGCAAUUGAUUAUUGCAUAAUUAUGUAUGAAGUGAUAAGGCGGACAAACUGACCUGUUGGCGCUUGCGCUUACCUAAUGAAAGAGAUUACCUAUUCACACUUCAUUUAUUUAUAGGGAAAAUUAAAGUGAAGAACGAGAAGAGAGUAACAGGUACUCUCCUUCUGUAAAAAAUAUACACGAAGUUAAGUUAUGCCAAGAUUAAAACUUUUUGCCCUUUUCACUACAGAAUUACAUCACAGGGAGAUGUAAUUUUAAAUUCGGAGUAACUGCGUUUAUUUAAUAAGACGGCUUUAGUAUAAUUAGUGUCUCACUAGUAAUAACUGUAUAUCUGCCGCUACCUUCGUAUAAAUUGGAGUUGAAUAAUUAUUGGUUUUGUUUCUUUUGAUCGCUGAAUUCAUGAGGAAUAGUAUUGGGGUCAGUUUGUAUCAAAUAAUAUUUUAUUAUAUUAUAUUUAUAUAACAAUUUUUGUGAAGUAAGUUGGAAGAGGGAAGCUCUCGCGAACUGCUUUUUAUUUUACUAUAAACAUCCUCUGUCCAUCUAAAACAGUGUGAGUGUUUGUGAGUGCCAAUUUAUUAUACUUUUUUAUUAUUAUAUAAGCCUCAUUAGGCAUUUUUUGACAAAUAUUUAUUAAAUUAUACAUAUACACCCAUAUAAUAUUAAUAUUUUAAAUUGCCUAAAACAACAAACUAGUAAUGUAUAUAAUACUUAAUACUUAAUAACUUAUACAUUUUUUAUACCUAAUUUGCAACACAUUGCACUGUCAAUAUAUCUGUGAAAUCAAUACAUUGUGGUACAUGAGGAUUUGCGCCUAUACAGCGUGAACCUACAAUGGCCGUAUUAAAUAACACACGGGGGCUACUUAACAGUAAUCCUAAAAUAAAUCAAUAAUAAAAAUAUAUAUUCACUUAAGGCUGGGGUCCGAGCCAAUGGCCUUGAGAAAUCGAGCGGAGCUAGGUUACCUCUCUCGCAUAAGAUCGCCGUUGUUUUAAUUCAGAAUUAGAAGCAUUUUCGAUUCUUUACAAACAAUACAAUUUUCUUUACAAAACUAUGUUAAAUAGUUGUACACAGAAAAUAAUUUUUCAUACAAUUUUUAUGUAGAUCGAAUGAUUAACAUGGCUCAAACUGUAAAAGUUACUAUGGUGAUUUUUUUCGCAAUGUCUAUUAAGGAUAGAAAUGUAAGGAAAAAAUUAAUUUUCUUCUCAAAUUCUGUAGACAUAUAAAUAUUUUUUGUAAAAAUAUAAGCUUUAUCUAAUAUAUAAAAUUCUCGUGUCAUGGUGUUAAACUUUGAACUCCUCCGAAACGGCUUGACCGAUUCUCAUGAAAUUUUGAGUGCAUAUUGGGUAGGUCUGAGAAUCGGUCAACAUCAAUUUUUCAUCCCCCUAAAUGUUAAGGAUGGUCUACACGAAAUUCUUUUUUAAUUUUUUUGACAUUUUUUUUUAAAUUUGUUUAUUAUGAAUUAGUCAGCAAUAAAAAUACAUACAACUUAAAAUUUUCACCCAUCUACGAUCAACAGUUACUUUUGAAUCGCGAUUUUAAUAUCGGUAAUACAAAGUUUGCUGGGUCAUAUAUAUAAACCGUUAAGAAAUGGUUUCAAUAAUGCGCUAUAUGUGGCGAUUUUUUGAGUUAACGGCCUUAAAUAAAUCAAUUUUCCAUAAUAUCAUUCCGGUACAACCUGUAAAUAAUCUAGUAGCCGCGCAUCGAUAUCAUGUAGGUAAUUUGUGCAACCAUGUAGGGGGGUGAGGAUUUGUUUGAAAAGUUCAAACUUUCAUUUAUAUUCUUUUAUUUUUAGAUUUGUUUUUUUUUUUAUGGUUAAGUUUAAGUAGCUCUACCAAUGUGUUCAUUUAAUAUCGCCGUUACGUUGGCACAUUGGGAUUGGGAUAAAGGUCCAUAUUGGUGGCUUAUAACCAUAGACCAAGUAUAGCAACUAGACUAAUUGAUAGCUGAGACGAUGUAAAAGUGAUAGUGAAAGAACACUUGUGUUAUAUUAUGUACCUAUAUAUAUAGGAUAUUAUGUCUCUGUGAUGUCUAGUUACUAUACUUGGUCAAUGCUUUUAACACUGGUUCAGCCAGACGCGCCUUUUCCUGUCCCAAUAAAUUGUAUGUUUAUUUAUUAUUGAAGAAAUAAAUUUAUUAGAAUUUUAGCUACUUUUACUAUUGAAUAUAAUGUUUUUCAAUUACAAAACCAGAUUGGUGAAUUUUCAGCCAUUAUUAUUCCUCUUGAAUCGGAUAUUUACGAGCAGAUUUGUACCUACUUGUAUUUGUGGCGAUUAGUAGUUUGUCGCUCCUUUUCAAUUUAUUCUAUUUAUUAAUUUAUUUUCACUUUGCUAUCACUCGAAACAAAUAACACAUUACGCGUGGUAAACUUUGCAUUCUUACUUAUACAGGAUGUAAUCAUUAAGUACUUACUUAUACAGGAUGUAAUCAUUAAGUACUUACUUAACGGUUACAACCUGUAUAUACUAAAAUACACACAAAAUUUGGCAAAAGACACACUCUAAUUUAUUGUAAAGUUGGACUUCGCAAAUUAUUAUUGCAUCGCAGUGUUUGUGGCCUUUAAAUCUACAGCAUAUAAUUCUAAAUAAGAAGUGAAUUGAAAAAAUAUCAAUUUAAACAAUUUGUUAUGUUUUUAAAGUGAUAACCCUCACUUCUAGGAUUAAUACACAAAUAAGAUUUGAAAACAAAAUUUUAUGAACGAUGUGGGUCUCGAACCCACGACCUCUGGCGUUCCGUGCCAGUGCUUUACCAACUGAGCUAACCGUUCGAGUGACGUAUCGUCAUAAAAUCUUGUAUGCUUUGUUCAACUCUCAGGUUGUGGCUUCAUCUACAGGAUCCACUUUACAGUUGAUAACCUGCUCAACCCCAAUAUUUGCAUAUUAGGAAAUUGACUUGAGAUGUCGCUCUUGUAAAUCUAAACAUUUUUUUAUGUUUUUAAAGUGAUAACCCUCAUUUCUAGGAUUAAUUCACAAAUAAAAUUUUACAAUAUAAAUGUUAAUGAUAUAAGUGCCUAAUUCCUAGAGGGUCGAACAUAUAUGCAUUCCUUGCAACGCUCUGGAUAUUCAGGAAAAUAGAAACAACUUGAAAAAUAAUUUUAUAGUCGAAAAUGAUCGCCAUUUCUUAUUAAGAAGUCUUACCGACGAAAUGUUAUAUAUUGAUUCAUAAUGUUGCAGUUUGAUUCACUAAAAUACACCAUUACUAUCCUUACAUAGUAAUAAUUCGCUGGCGAUGUAUAACGGCCGUUCCCAAUAUAGUAUCUACAGAUAGAGAUAAACUACUACCUUCUAAUGUCAAUAAUUAUCUGUCUGAAGCUGUCCCAAUAUACCCGAUAAGUCAUUCUUAUCGCCUUAUAUUGGGACGCGUGAAUUCCAAUUUCCAUACAAAGUUCUGUCGCUGGUAAGCUAUACGUCGUCCCAUUGACAGACAGCGUGUACGGAUAAGGUGAGUUACCGUCGAUAAGUUUAUUGGGACAUAAAAGUCAACAAUAGUUACAAUUUUUAUCUCAAGUAAGAGAUAGACUGAAUAUUGGGAACGGCCGUUAGUCACCUAUGAGGUGACAUGUUUAACGCGCGUAUGUCAUCUCUAGAAACUUAUUUAUAUUUCUAUAGACUACAGAGUGAGAUACAGUACUAGGAAUAUCACUUCCAUAUUGUUGUGAGUGUGUUAUUUGCAAUUUUUGUAAUAAUUUUGUUGCCAUUUCUCUGUUGCAGUCCUUUAGGAUUCCUGUUUGAAAUUGAUCUAUUUGGUAUACUUAUACGAAUUGUAAGUCUAAGGAAUUUGUCAUUAAUUAUUUUUAAUCAAAGUGGACUAAGCAAUUUUUCUGUACCGCUCUUAUUACCAAAUUAAGUUGUUAAUUUGAAAACAAAAUUUUAUGAACGAUGCGGGACUCGUACCCGCGGCUUUUCGCGUUCCGUGCGACCGCUCUUACCAACUGAGCCAACCGUCCGAGUGACGUAUCGUUGAUGAAAUCUUGUAUGCUUUGUUCAACUCUCAGAUUGUGGCUUCAUCUACAGGAUCUACUUUACAGUUUAAAAUCUGCUAAACCCUCGUAAGAGCGCUCGCACUGAACGCGAGAGGCCGUGGGUUCGAGUCCCGCAUCGUUCAUAAAAUGUUGUUUUCAAAUUUUAUUUGUGUAAUUAAUCUCAGAAGUGAGUGUUAUCACUUUUAAAAUAACAAAUUGUUUAAAUUAAUUUGUAUAUUUUUUUUUAAACACUAUUUUGUAAAUCUCACAUAAUGAUAGAAAGGAAACAUUCAAAGAGGGAUCCUAAUCACAAGACAAGUAAUAGGACAGUAGCGUAACUCAGCGGUCUUCUUGUAAUUUAUACCUACGUCUGGGCGGAGCGCUAGGGUUGGUACAUACAAAAUGAUAUUUAUAUAUACCAGUGGGAGGUUCCUUUGCACAGGAUGCCGGCUAGAUUAUGGGCACCACAACGGCGCCUAUUUCUGCCGUGAAGCAGUAAUGUGUAAGCAUUACUGUGUUUCAGUCCGAUGGGCGCCGUAGCUAGUGAAAUUACUGGGAAAAUGAGACUUAAUAUCUUAUGUCUCAAUGGAACGAGCACAGUUGUAGUGCCUCGCAGAAUUUUUAGGUUUUUCAAUAAUCCUGAAGCGGCACUGCAUUGUAAUGGGCAGGGCGUCUCAAUGUCCUUCAGCUGAACGUCUUCUCGUCUCGUCCCUGAUUUUCAUUAAAAAAAAAAAUUAUACAUAAUUUACUCGGACAGCGACCUGUCACAGCGGUGCACGAUGUGGCACUCAAUAGUUUUGUCUUCCCAAGAUUGCUUAGGACACGGCACACGGCUCGUGUGUCGAUUCGGGCGUUCUAGAAUGAUGUUAAUGUAGUGUUCUAAAACUUUAUUCUGUCCUAAUGGACCGAAUUAUACAGUUCAAUCAUUACUCAAAAUUCUUACUAUUUGAUGAAACUUUAGAACAUCAAUUUUUGAUAGACUAAAUAUUAAGAGCAAGCCAUUGUAUGAUUUGUGAUUCAAGUGUUUGGAAUAUUUUCGCGAAACAAUUUAUUGUAACCUCGCAACCGAUUUUAACAGUUUGUACAUAAUGUAUUAUUAGAUUUUUAUAUGUGAUAUACAAUUUUAGUUUCUAUUUCAUCUGGUUGUGUAUAAGUGUUGUUGUGUGUAUCUUUUUAUAGCCAUUAAUAUAAUAUAUGAGAUAUUGAGAAGUUAUUUUCAGUUCGCAAUGAAGUUUUCUUUUUGUUUUAUGUACUACGGUAUUUAACCGUUUAGUUGUUAGUAAAGGUUGAGGCCAGCACAGGCAUUGUGAAUGGUGUUGCCGAUAUCUCGUUCUCCUUCGCACUUAAGGGACUUUUAUGUAUGGAUAUAAUGUCACGUAUUGUGUCAAAUGUGUCAUAGAUACAAUUUUUUUUUAAAUAAGCUGCUCGCAAUGAAUUUAAGGAAUAAUUCAGUUAUUCUUUCAAAUGUCCCCUUAUUACUUACAUACUCUACAUGAACAUUGAUGUUUCGAAUGAUGUUUUUUUUUAUAAUAAGUGGUCAUGGUUGAUUUCUUUUGUAAAUGUUGUUAAAGCAUAAAAAGGGCCUGAGAUUAUCAAAUUCUAAAAUAUAAUAACCUCUACAAUCGUGGAGGUAUGUUCGGACCUACUGCACGGCCCGGAGAUAUAGUAACCGGAUGGUACUGGCCUGUUAUAUUGACAAAUUAUUUAAAAUGUUAUUUGAAUGCCUUAAUACUUGUUAGAAUGGCGUACGAUUUUAAGCUAUUGCAUAGCUUCUAUCGCGGGCCUUGAGCGUGGAGACCGAAUCCAGAAAUUCCGUAACGAAAAUAACCUAACACUUACUUACUAGAUGUAUAUAGAUAUUUCGCCACGGUGAUUUCCAUUUCCGUGGAACAGUGGUUAUCACGUAUGCUUUUUGUGCAGAAUGUCCCAGGUUCGAGCCUGGGGUACGUCUUGAUUUUUAUUUAAUUUCUUUAUUUUUUUUAUCACGUUUUUUUAUUUUUUAUUAUUAUGACAAGCAUUUUUAUUUAGUUUCACCUGUCCCGUUGUCUGUCUGUAAUCAAAUCUUGCAAGUUAAAUUUUACUCACUUCCGUUUGCUUUUUUUUAAAAAUAAUUUUAUUAAAAAAAAUACUGCAUAAAUAAAAUAAAUAAAUAAUUAUAAUUGCAUAAAAGAUGCUAUGCAAUAACUUUACCGCGGCAGUCCCCGAGUGCCACACGUCUUUUUUAUAUAGUUUUAAAUACACUAAUAAUAUGACACACAGUAUUUACUCAGCAUGUUGACAAUCUCUGAGAAUGUUUCAUGAAGCUCUGAAUGACAUGAAAUAAAUUGUACAUGUAAAAUCAAUGACGUUCAAUACAUAUACAAUCACGUUGUAUAAAAACAAAGUGGAAAUAUGGACCCCGAACAUGCCGCAAAUCAAACCAUUAUAAGCUUAGACUGCUAUAUCUAUACAUUGCCGCAUUUUCUCCAGGUGUUGAAAAUAUUCUCGGCGAAUAAGCAGCAAUGUAAACUAUCUAUUCAGUUCAGGUUUGAUUCGGACAGUGACAGUUGACACACGACUAGGGAGAAAAGUGUCCAUACAUUGACUUUAAGGACACUUGGCGUUCCGCUAUCAGACUGCGAAUGAUAUGUCCUUAUAUAGAACGUCAUUGUGUAAAACGUACAAUGUCUGCUUCGAGAUUACUUAAAAUCAAGGUUAUUAUAAAGUUCUUAAGGUUCGUAUUCCUAAAGCCAUGUAUAUUGUUGUAACUCUGUUUAUAACUGUACUCAUAACCUGACAAGUCCACCACUAUGCUUAGAGAGUUCAGGCUAAUUCUUGCCAGAAUAAUACUUAGAGGGAAACAUCCAUAAAUUACGUCACAAGAAUUCCAUGAUUUUUGACCCCUCCCCCGUCUUUGUCACAGCUUGUCACAUUUGUGAAACCCCUUACCUAGUAGUAUUUCCAUAAUGUGUUAACUACUACAUGUAUAUUGUGUUUUUUUUUAUCAGCAUAAGCAAGCAUAAUUUACGGUAAGUGUUUCGUAAGAUAAAAAUCACAAAAUAGCAGAAAUAAGGAGACAAAGUUGUUUCAAGAUUUUCCAACAAAACAAAUUAAACCUUAGGCACGCAGACAGAGAUGCAACAAUUUUUAUGUUCUUCUUUUUUAGUAUGUAUGUAGUUUAAAUAUAUUGUUGUAAUAGUUAGAUAUAAUUUUAUUAUGAAAAAAUGUGGUGUCCCAGUAUUUGAGACCCCUAGGGGUCUAGUGUGACGAUGGGCGGGGGUCUAGAUCCCCCGCCUAUUGUCACACAAUGUCACACUUCCCCCCCUUAACGUGAGACGUAAUUUAUGUAUGGCCCCUUAUCUACCAAAAAACCACUCCUUCUGCCCUGGAUAGACCACCCUUGGGUAGUACAGGCGAAAAAUCUCGUACAGCUAGAGCGAUGCAACACACAAUCCGUCCUCAAAUACUCUCGUAAUAUACGCGCGAAAUAGUUCGCCUAAUGUACUCCUUAUGAACAAAACCUUUAUGACAAUGUUUUUGGCACAAGUAUUCUGUACGCUUAAUAAAUAUAAAUAAUCAAUUUCGCCGUAAAGUGAACUACAAACCAAUUUUUUUGGUCGUUGAUUAAAAAUAAUUUUUUUAUAAUCCGAAGCUAUGGCAAAACAUACCUUAUUGUAUAAUGAUUUAAGUAGUAUUUUAAAAUUUUGCGGCAAAGAAAAAAUGGUUUAUUUUGAGAAACAAUAUGUUUUGAGGUCAAGUAAAGUGGUUAACGCAGUAUAUUUGCUGGUUUUCAAAGCAGCGAUUGAAAUAUUUCAAUCUAAUUUCAAUAAUUUCUAAAUGCAGAGGUGUUUUUAUCUAUUAAUAUAUAUAAUUAAUGGUUUAUAAUAAUAAUGUGAUUUGUAUGAUAUUUUUAUGAGAUACAUUUCGAUAUUUUACACGUAUUAAUAAAUAUAUUGAUAAAGCUUCCGUGCACUUGUCUACUAUUGAGUAAUAUCGGUGUUAUAUGUGAAUGUACAAAAAUUUAAUAUAUGUUGGAUUUUA